AUGGAUCCCGCCAAUCUCAAAGCACAAUUCCAGCCAGAAGAACCACGUCUUCUGAGCUUUCCUCACCUUCCUGAUGAUGCUAAAUAUGAGGAUGGCACACCAAUCUUGAACAAGUACUCUUCUACUCUGACUAGAGGUCAUGACUUCCCCGGAGCACAGGCAAUGCUGUACGCAGCAGGUGUUCCAGACGAGAAGAUGAUGAAGACAGCUCCUCAGGUCGGCAUUGCCUCUGUUUGGUGGGNNGAGGGUAAUCCCUGCAACAACCAUUUACAUGACCUCGGAAAACUUGUGAAGCAAGCAGUAGAGAAACAGGGCAUGAUUGGAUGGCAGUAUGGCACAAUCGGAGUGUCAGAUGGUAUCACGAUAGAGAUUAUUGCGGAUAGUAUCGAGACUAUCACAUGUGCUCAAUUCCAUGAUGCCAACAUCUCUAUCCCCGGAUGCGACAAGAAUAUGCCAGGUGUUGUGGCGCAUGGCGCGUACAACUUCGACACACUCAAGAACCCAGACGAUCCUUCAAUCACAAAGGACGAGAUCUUGACAGAUAUCGAGAGAAACGCAUGUCCUGGUUCUGGUGCUUGCGGUGGUAUGUUCACAGCAAACACCAUGGCCAUGGCAAUCGAGACUCUUGGACUGUCUCUUCCUGGAUCUUCGAGUACACCCGCCACUUCACCAGCCAAGAUGCGAGAGUGUCAGAAAGCAGCAGAAGCAAUCAAGACCUGCAUGGAGAAGAACAUUCGUCCCCUUGACUUGCUCACCAAGAAGUCAUUUGAGAAUGCUCUGGUCAUGAUGAUGGCGCUCGGAGGCAGCACAAACGGUGUGCUUCAUCUUCUUGCUAUGGCUGGUACUGCAGGCGUGGAUCUAACCCUGGACGACUUCCAGAGAGUGUCAAAUCGCAUUCCCUUCAUCGCCAACAUGGCACCCUCGGGCAAGUACUUGAUGGCUGACCUAUAUGACAUCGGUGGCAUUCCAUCCGUCAUGAAGCUGCUCAUUGCAGGAGGUCUUCUUGACGGCAGCGUUCCUACCAUCACUGGCAAAACACUAGCCGAGAACGUCGCUCCCUUCGACUCUCUACCUCAAGGCCAAGAAAUCAUCCGCAGCCUCGACAACCCCAUCAAACCCACCGGCCACAUCGAGAUUCUGCGUGGUAAUCUCGCACCCGAAGGCGCCGUAGCAAAAAUCACAGGCAAGGAAGGUAUGAGCUUCACCGGCAAAGCUCGAGUCUUCAACAAAGAGCACGAACUCGACGAUGCCCUGAACAAAGGCCAGAUCCCUCGUCACGAAAACCUCGUCAUUGUUGUUCGCUACGAAGGACCUAAAGGUGGACCUGGUAUGCCCGAGCAACUCAAGGCCAGUGCAGCUAUCAUGGGAGCCAAACUCACAAACGUUGCUUUGAUCACGGAUGGCAGGUAUAGUGGUGCAUCGCACGGCUUUAUCGUCGGUCACAUUUGUCCUGAAGCUGCUGUUGGAGGACCCAUUGCUAUUGUCCGAGAUGGAGAUAUGAUCACUAUCGAUGCCACUAACAACACUCUUUCUAUGGAUGUGUCAGACCAAGACAUCCAGCAGAGAUUGAAGGAGUGGAAGAAGCCUAGGUCGAACGUCACUCGCGGUGUGCUGGCCAAAUACCAGCGUCUGGUUGGCGAUGCUAGUCAUGGUGCCAUGACAGAUUUGUUCUAG